GCUGUGAAUGAUUGCUGGCAGAGCCCAAAGGCUCCCAGCCGGCUCCGUGCCGCUGCCGACGGCGCGCCGAGGAGGGCGGCGUGGCCGAGGGGCGCUUUAGGGCAGCGCCGCGACACCGCGGGGACGGGCGGCGCAGCGCGGCGAGAGCGGGGUGCGCGGCCCCGCCGCCCGCCCCGGGGCUCGGGGGUGGGGAGAAGCCGGCCCCGGCGCUCGUCGGGCGGGGAAGGGGGAAGGAGCCGGCCCCGUCCGUCCGUCCGUCGCCCCGAGGAGCGGGCUCGCUGCUCCUUGCGCUCCGUCGGCUUUUUCCCACCCCCCCUUUUCCCCCCAAAAUUAUUAUUAUUAAUACAAUGGUGUCUAUAAUCUCUGACUUGGAUCCUCUGAAAAGCUGGAAAGUUUUAAGAGAGUCUGCCACCGAGCUAUCUGGAGCAUUACCAAGUAACGGCACAGCUAACAAAAUGAAUGGAGCUUUGGAUCAUUCAGACCAACCAGACCCAGAUGCCAUUAAGAUGUUUGUUGGACAGAUUCCCCGUUCGUGGUCAGAAAAAGAGUUAAAAGAACUUUUUGAGCCUUACGGAGCUGUCUACCAGAUUAAUGUUCUCCGAGACAGAAGUCAGAACCCUCCCCAAAGUAAAGGUUGUUGUUUCGUAACAUUUUAUACAAGAAAAGCUGCUCUUGAGGCACAGAAUGCACUGCACAAUAUUAAAACUUUACCUGGGAUGCAUCAUCCUAUUCAGAUGAAACCUGCAGAUAGUGAAAAGUCCAAUGCUGUGGAAGACAGAAAAUUGUUCAUAGGAAUGGUUUCGAAGAAGUGUAAUGAGAACGAUAUCAGGGUGAUGUUUUCUCCGUUCGGCCAGAUAGAGGAAUGCCGAAUCCUCCGGGGACCCGACGGGCUGAGCAGAGGCUGUGCGUUUGUCACAUUUUCUACAAGGGCAAUGGCACAGAAUGCAAUCAAAGCCAUGCACCAGUCUCAGACCAUGGAGGGCUGCUCUUCGCCAAUCGUGGUGAAGUUUGCCGAUACCCAAAAGGACAAGGAGCAGCGGCGCUUGCAGCAGCAGUUGGCGCAGCAGAUGCAGCAGCUCAAUACUGCCACGUGGGGAAACCUCACAGGUCUGGGAGGACUCACACCACAAUAUCUAGCUCUUCUGCAGCAAGCAACUUCCUCCAGUAACUUGGGUGCCUUCAGCGGCAUUCAGCAAAUGGCCGGCAUGAACGCUUUACAAUUACAGAAUUUGGCAACUUUAGCAGCUGCAGCAGCCGCCGCCCAAACCUCAGCUACCACCACCAAUGCAAAUCCUCUCUCCACAACGACCGGUGCUCUGGGAGCCCUCACAAGUCCCGUGGCUGCAUCAACUGCUAAUUCAACGGCUGGUGCAGCCAUGAAUUCUUUGACUUCUCUGGGUACUCUCCAAGGAUUGGCUGGAGCCACUGUUGGAUUGAAUAAUAUUAAUGCACUAGCAGGUACCGUAAACAUUGCUCAAAUGCUCUCAGGUAUGGCGGCCCUGAACGGCGGACUCGGCGCCACCGGCUUGACGAACGGCACGGCCGGCACCAUGGACGCGCUCACCCAGGCCUACUCAGGAAUCCAGCAGUACGCGGCCGCCGCGCUGCCCACCUUGUACAGCCAGAGCUUGCUACAGCAGCAGAGCGCGGCCGGCAGCCAGAAGGAAGGUCCAGAAGGGGCAAACCUCUUUAUUUACCACCUCCCCCAGGAGUUUGGAGACCAGGACAUUCUGCAGAUGUUCAUGCCUUUUGGAAAUGUUAUCUCUGCUAAAGUCUUCAUUGACAAACAGACCAAUCUGAGCAAGUGCUUUGGUUUUGUUAGCUAUGACAAUCCCGUCUCUGCACAAGCUGCCAUCCAGGCUAUGAACGGCUUUCAGAUUGGCAUGAAACGCUUGAAGGUUCAGCUGAAACGCUCCAAAAAUGACAGCAAACCGUACUGAUCUUAACCCCAGAUGCUUACUGCUCUUAUUUUAGCUUUCUUAGGACAUCUCCAUGCCCGUUAGCCCAUCGUUUGCCUAGCAUGUCCCUGUGGCGUCUCAAAAAAAAAAAAAAGUUUCAUCGUCCCGUCAUUGUUUCUGAUGUCUUUCUGACCUCACAUCAUCCUUGGUUCUCCUCCUGACUUUUGAGCUAGUUUGACCUUUUGAAAUUUGCAUGUGACCUCAUCUAGCUAUGAAAUCUGGGAAGUCAAUGUGAAAAACAGACAAAAAAAAAAAAAAAACCACAAACCAUUGCUGCAUUCAUGCAAGACUGAAAAUUUCUUCUUAGAUAAAUUAAUGAUAGGAUUUUAAAAAAACAACCUGUGGCAAAAUGUUGUUUUCUUUCUUUCUUUUUUUAAUUUUUUUUUCCUUUCUUCUCUCUCUCUUUUUCCUUUGGUUUUUUUUUCUUUUCUUUCUUUUCCUUUUUUUUCAGUUUUCCUUUCAUUUCGUAAAAAAAAAAUAAAAAAAAAAACAGACUUGAAAGUAUUAUACAGGGAUUGGCAUUCUGCCUGGUCACUGGUGACAAUAGCAAUAUGUGUCCAGAGGCACAGAAUGUUGGUUUCUAACAGACUACUUCCAAAACAGUUUGAGAAAUAAAAACUGUCUGAUUUUAAGUCUCUAGAGGUCUGUAAUAGUUUUUACAUUUUUCAGGCAGUGUAAAGUUUUUUGAUAAGGCCAUUUUAGGUGGCUCACUUUCUCAUUAAAGUAUAUAUAUAGAACCACUUUUUGUAGAUUAGUAUAAGAAAAUAUUUACCCUGUUUUAGGGCAAAUGCUACCUACUUGUGUCACCUUUUGCUGAACUGACUCACAGUUAGACAAUCCAUGGUUUAAUGCACAUGAAAUUACCUAUAUUUUAUACUGUUUCAAUGUACAGAAGAAAGGUUACUGUAAAAUGUGUUACGUUGGUGCUUCUGUGAAUUAAGUUGUGGUUUCAUCAUGAGUCUUAUGGUCUUAAGUGUUCUAUGUUUAUAAAGGACGAGUUGAAAAUUGGUUUACUUGAACAACAAGAACAAAAACAAGAUUCAAAAAAAAACCACAAAAAAAGUUGUUUGCUUAAAAAAAAAAAAAAAGGAUUUCAUGUGAAAAAUUAAAAACUAUUCCAGAAUAAGUUUGUGUUGGCUUGUGACGCAUUGAUGUCAUUUUUUUAUCGUGAACAAUUUAGAUGUGUUUGUGUUCAGCAAAAUGUGAUCGGUUUUUCUUUUAAAGAAAAAAAAAUCAGUGAAACUAUAGUGCCAAAUUCCAAAGGUACUUUCUUCCUAGAGCUUCAGUGUGUUUCUUGUGUGAAGUAAUUUGAUAACAUGGGUAUUUUAUUAUGUGUUUUGUAUAAAUCCCUAAUAUUUAAAGAAAAAAAGAGGUUAAAAAGUUUGUUAACUUGCUAUCCUGUGGUCUUGUUGCCUGAAAUUGUUAUUGUUUGUUAUUUCUCUUUGAUGUUUUUUGUAAAACAUUGUACAAGUGCCCAUGUUUCACUUUUUUAACCACUCUGCACACAUCAAUGCUGUGAAAGCAAACCUCACAAUGUAUUUUCUUCAUAUUGUAUGGAAACCUCUAAGGUGAGAAAGUUUUGAACUUUUAACCCUUUCCACCCAGAGCUGUCUUGAGUGUUAAUACCUUUUAUACAUUCACCAUUUUGCUGUUUAUUUUUAUAUAUAUAUCUAUAUCUAUAAAUAUAUAUAUACUUAGUUUUUUGUGGUUUAUUUAAUACAUGGUUGAAAUCAGAACAAUGCACAGGGCAGAUCUGAAGGACAAAAAAUAUUUUACUGCUGUCUAAAUUUCUUCUGUAUCUAUAACUAAAAUUAUUUAAAACAGUAAUUAACUUGUGGUUUUCCUUUUUAGAUUUUGGGGAUUUUGUCUUUUCUUAAAAGAGCUUUUAAUAUGCUGCUGGAAUAUGCUAUUCAGUAUUAAUAAAAGGAAAGAAAAAGAAAACAAUUCUUUAAUUAUCUAUUGCGUGAGCCACUCCCAGACCGGAGUGGUAAACCCACCAUUUGAAAAAAAAAAACCCUUGAGGAGAAGGAAAAAAAAAAGAAAAAAAAAGAGAGAGAGAGAGAGAGAGAGAAAGAAAGAAAAUUAUUUUUGUAAUUUAAAGAAAUGAACUCUUUUGCUGAAAUCAGCUGCACUAGAUCUUCCCGGGUGACAAUUCAGCGCGGGGCGCCGGUUUCCCCGCGGCAUCCCGCUCCCGCUCGGAGCCGCCGCACCCCCCAACCAAGCCCCAGCCCAGCGGCGCCUCUCGACCCCCCCCCAGCUUUAGACGCUUCUUUACGUAGGGCCCUGGGAUGGAAAGGACUAGCCGCUAGCGAUGCAAAAAACAAAAAAAAAAACAAAAAAAAACAAAAAAAAACCAAACAACAAAAAAAAGUUUCCUUCGUAUAGCACAUGCACUUAUAAAUAAAUGAUCUCUACUUUUCUCACGUGUUUUUACUACUGCUGGGGCCUUCCUACACCCUUUGAGGGCUAUUUUGUACUACUUGCAGCAACUUUUGCGUAGUCAAACUUUCAUCUCACGUGCGUUAUAUUAUAUAUAUGUACAUACAUAUAUAUAUAUAUAUAUAUAUAUAACAUGAGCUCAUCAUUCGGAUCGUUUAGACUGUGUUCCCUGAUUUUGCCUCGCCCUCCCCCCCCCACCGUAUAAAUUCCCGGCGGGUUUUUAUUUCCGGAGGCCCGGGGGUGCUCGGCGCAGGAAAAAGCUCCCGCAUGGGAACGAAAAACACCGUACUUUUAAAAAAGAAAGGAAUUAAAAAAAAAAAAUCCCAGCUGCAAAGAUGAAAAACCCAACCGUACCCCUCCGGGGAGGCAGAUUACACACCCGCUCUCUUCUUCAAAAAUAUCGAAAGGAAAAAGCUGCAAGGGUGCAAGGGCCUAAUAAGAGAGGAAGAAAAUAAAAAAACCAAGGGAAAUUGCUUUACAAAAUUCGAAUCGAAAGCCUAGACUAGUUCUUUUUCAAGCAAAUUAGCUAAUUGCAAUGAAAUGGCAGUCCUCAAAGGAGUAACAAGUUCAUCUUUCUUUCACCAUAGGGGUUACAGUUCCUUGGCUUGUGCUACUCUGGAAUCAUUUUACUGUUUCUGUUUUUAUUAUCUUAAGUGCUAAUUAACAAAAGGAAAAAAAAUAUCCUGUAGUUUCAUUACCUUUUUGGAUAAUGUCAUACAAAACGAAACAAAACAACAAAAAAAAAAGCCUAUGUAUUUGUGUUUUUUUUGUGCUGUGAGAAUUGUUGUUUGUAGAUUAAUAAUACUAUCAUUUUGUUUAGAAUUACAAACUAGUUUUUAAGUAUUGUCUGAGAAAAGCCAAAGUUAAUGCAAUCUAGUGGAAACUGUAAGACCAUUUGAGUAUUGUUUCUGUUUUAUUGAUGCAUUUGGAUUUUGUUGUUUGAUGGAAUUUGAGCCAAAAAAAAAAAAAGAAAAAAGAAAAAAAAGCAGGCUUUCCUAUUUCUACAACUUGAUUGUACUUAUGCAUUUUGUACCAGUGGAACUUUUUAUACUGGAGAUUAAAAAACAAAUGGCAAUUUUUGUGGCUUACUCUCGUGGGCCCCCUUGAUCAUGACUGAUUUUCAAGUUUGAUUUCUGGACGGUAGAAAGCGAGUUGGUUUUGUUUAGAGAAUUAAAAACUUUGGCUUGAUUUCUUUUUUUCCCUUUGCUUAUAUCUAGUGUUUAGAUUUUUGUCUUUAAAAAAACAAAAAACAGAAAAAAAACAAAAAAACAAAGCGGUAAGUUACACUUUUUAUUCUGUAUCGUGCAGUUACACAAUAAGGUAAUUAGAAUUAGGAGUACUCGGUCACUUUGCGUGGAUAAAUGUAUUAGUUAAAGCCGUUAGGGGUUUGCUUUUUUGCUGUUUAGAUCAGAGUUUUUUCUGAUUCUCCUGUCCUCAUUGUGAACAUAACCGUGUAGUUGAAACAAGUCAGACUUAUUUUUGUAACGUAUGUUAUUGUGUGAUGCAGUUUUUUGCUUCUGUCUCCAAUAUUAAACCAUUUUCCUAAUACUUGUCUCUCUACUUUGUGUGUUGUAUCGUUGGUGGUCAUUCUGUGUUGGUAAUACAUCUGCACACCUCACUGUUGCACGUCCCUGUAUUUUUUUUUCCUUUUUUUUUCCUUUUUUUUCCUUUUUUUUUCUCUCUAUUUGUUGGUUGUGUACAAAAGAUACAGUCGAUUCCACCUAAGUGAAUAGCUGAUUGGGGGGGGGCAAGAGAGGAUUUGUACAUUUUAGACACGGUGUGAUUUCUUUGCUUUCGUUUUCUUUUUUUUUUUUUCUCCCUCUCUCUCUCUCUUUCCCACUCCUUCCCUGUAGCCUUCGCCCUCGGACGCUCUCUCCGAGCGGGAAGCCUUUCCAGUGCGUCUCCCGGCGCCGUGACACUGGCUUUUGGCUGUGACAUUUCAGCCAGUCGGGAAAGCGCGGAUUAGGGGGAUCAACUCUUCCUAGUCAUUAAAAAACAAAAAAAAAAAACCCCAAAUACUCUGCUGCUCCUUCCCGGCAGCCUACGAAACGUUGCAGGCCAUAGCCUUGGGAUUGCUUCCCAACUGCACAGCCAUCUGACGGCAUAUGGCGUGAGGCAAACGCGCCUUAGAAACUAAAUCACGUCCUAACUAGGGCCAUGAGAGCCGCGGGAAAAAAAGAAAAAAAAAAAAAACAACAAAAAAAGAGCAACCUACCAGGUGAACAAGCUUGUUAUGUGCAGUUGUACAUAUAACAAUUAAAGAAGGGAAAAUCCAAGUGAGCACAGGGAGAAUUUUUCCUCUCGAAGUGAAAAUAAAGAAUAAACUUGGGGGGGAGGAAAAAAAAAGGUCCCUGGUGCUCAGAGGGGUGGUGCUGUGCUGCGGGGCUGGCGCAGCAGAUCCUGCUCAGCGGUGGGUGAUAGUAUUACACAGAUCUCAAAAGGGGCAAGAGAAAUACCGUAGCGCUUUUUUUUUUUUAGCUUUGAGCUUUUUUUUUUUUCAUUUCUUAUAUAAAUAUAUUUUUUUUUCCCCCUGCGAGAAGCUCUCUGCUCUCCCCCAACUGGUGUCUGCUGCAGCGAAAUAAAAGCCGCGAAAGGAAAUAACGUGUUGUUCUGGUUUACAAAAGUCUCUCUUCAGCCCCCCUGUCCCACCCCAGGUACAGACUUAGGAUUUGGAGAGGAGGGGGGGAAAAAAACAAACCGCAGAAAAGCCAAAACCAAACCAACCCCAAGGAGGAGAGAGCAGCGCUCGCGGGCGCUCUCUGGGAUUCAAGCCAUACGCCCCCGCCCCUUGCCUUCGCCCCGCUCUCCGUGAUGCUCAGGAAUCGAAGACCACUUAAAAGUGCUCUUAUGAGACCCCCCCGGACGCUCAUCCCCGCCGCCUCCUCGCCCCGGGGCUGGGGGGCACGCGUGGCCCCACGGCCUCACGGUCCCGCGGCCUCAGCCGCGCCGGCGGCUCCCGCCUGCGGAAGAGGCCUGACGCUUUCUGGUGGCUCACGAGCCGGCCUGCUUGUUGCUGCUGGUUUUUUUCUUUUUUUCCUUUUUUUCACUGCCUUUUUUUCCCCCCCCUUUUUUCCUUUUUUUCUUUUUUUCCUUUUUUCCUCCUUUUUUCCUUUUCUUUUUUUUCCUUUUUCCCCCCUCACUUCUCAGCGAGCACGAGAGGCGACCAGGUGCGGUGGGGCCGUCGGCGGAGGGCCGUGCCGGGCCCUGGCACCCAUGCGACGCCGUGCUUCUCCCCAGGGCUCACCGGGCGGACAGGCCGCCGGCCUGGGCCGUCCUCAGAGCCACCGGUCCCGGCGCGGGCAGUAUUUUACGCCAGCGGCUGCGGUUGAGCACGGCCUGGUUUGCGUAAAUGACCCCGCGGAGGAUUUUGUUUUCAGUUGCCGUGGCCUUUUUGAUUUUUUCGUUUGGUUUUUCCUUUUCCAAACUUAGGAAAGAAACUAGAGCUUUGCAAAAGGUCUUUUCUUCCAAAAAUACCAUCAGGAAAAAAAGGCUUCAUACUACGGUUGGCUUUCUUUUAAAUACUCAGGGCUGAAAGAUACAGUUUCUUUCCUUUUCCUCCUUUUUUUUUUUUUUUUUUUUGGUUAUUUCAGCAACGGGGAAAAACGAGUUCCUUAAAGUUAAAGCAACGCAGCUGAACCGUUUGUCCUGCUUAAACGCAUGCUUUUAAUUUCCAUUACGUAAGGCACCUUGCAGCGUUAGCGAAACGCCUCUCUGUUAGCCGUGCGCAUCGGCGGGGGAAAUCACCCAGCCGCCACAAGACUUGCUGAUUAAAGCCUAGCCUGCCCGGGCGCCCGUGCCUUUGCCCGGCGUGACUCUUAGGUACUAGGCUAAGGAAACCAGUUUAACAAAAUGUAGUGUGAAUCAUUCCUGAUAAGUGAAUAAAGCAUUGUGACCAAGCAAUCGGAUUAUUCACUUAUCAGGAAUCGACUGUACUGCGAGUUGGUCGUUUCUGUUCCUCAUCUCUGUUGUAGUUUCACUACUUUGCUGUGUUCUGUUUCUUCUCUCAUGCUCUUAGCAAAAUCACCGGGAAUAUCCCCUUCGUGUGAUCAUGAAACGUGCUACUGAGUAACGGAUAAUAAUAAUAAUAAAAAUAAAAAAAAUUUUUAAAUAUAAAAAUGAUAUCUUAACAAAAUCUAUGCACUUGCUAUCAGGAACACAAUACUGGAUGUGUCUUAUAUAUAUUGAACUAUAAUAGUAUUCGAUUUCUUAAAUAAAGCUUAAGAAAGGAUUCUGUUGUCUGUAAAAUUUUAUGAGCAUUAAAUGGAAAAAAAAAUGC